AUCCUGAGUCAGGGUAGAGGGCAAACAUGUACAGGGAGCUGUUUCAAUAUCAAGAUUUCAAUAUGGCGACGGAGGGAUUGCAGAUAAAUAAUACAAGCUAACCAGCCAACGACACGGUCUAAUAACAAGUUUAACACCCUGCAGUUUAAUAGCAUGCAGCAAACUAACCGGCCCAUACUGACUGCAGUGUACAGAAAACUCGCAUAAUGGAAACACGGGGCAUAGAGCAGAUGUUUGACUUCCAGCGAUUGCCCAGUGAUGGUGUGAUUUUGCUGCUGCUGCUGCUGUACUUCCCAGUCGGCCUUUGUUUGAUGUUGUUGCGGAUAUUUAUUGGUGUCCAUGUGUUUCUAGUCAGCUGUGCACUUCCCGACAGUUUUAUUAGAAGAUUCAUAGUACGAGUUAUGUGCUCUGUAUUAGGUCUUCAUGUACGACAGAACAGCCCUCGAUUAAGAGACAAAAACGUCAAGCUGUACGUCUGCAAUCAUGUCACUCAGUUCGACCACAACAUUAUUAACCUCCUUACCUCCUGCAAUACUCCAUUGUUGGAGGGCGCUUCAGGGUUUUUGUGUUGGGCACGGGGCUUUAUGGAGCUGGGUACAGUAGCAGGCAGCAGAGCUGAGGUGGCAGAGACUCUGCGUGGGUAUUGCUCUGCUCCUGGAGCACAGCCACUACUGCUCUUCCCAGAGGAGGACACCACUAAUGGCCGUGCAGGCCUCCUCAAAUUUAGCUCCUGGCCUUUCUCCAUGGCAGACUCUAUUCAGCCUGUGGCCUUGAUGGUGAAGAGGCCUCUCUUAUCUGUGAAUGUACCAGAAUCUUCGUGGCUGGCAGAAUUGCUGUGGACGUUUUUUGUCCCAUUUACAGUGUAUCAAGUAAGGUGGCUUCUUCCAGUCACUAGACAAGAUGGAGAAUCACAUCAGGAAUUUGGCAACAGAGUACAGAAGCUUCUGGCAACUGAGCUUGGUGUGGUCGCGACACAGAUCACCAAGGCAGACAAAGCUGAGCACAUCAAAAGGAAAAGGCACACAGUCCCACAAGCCACACAUUCAAAUUUGGGUGCCAGACCUCGCACUGUAGCACAGGGUUUUCUAGGUUCAAGCCCAGGGGCAGAGGAUCCCAGAGUGGUACGAAUGGCACAGCAGGUUAAGGAAGUGCUACCAGACAUCCCCCUUAAUGUCAUCACCAGAGAUCUGCUGCAAACAAACUGUGUGGAUGCAACGAUAACCAACCUGCUGGAGAGCACUGAGCAGUAUCUCACAGAGCCUGCAGAGGGUGCCACAUCAGGACCAUCCCGACCUAUAAUCACCACCAUUCCUUCUGUUGCUGCCUCCCUACCCACACUGAAGCCAGCUGCCCAAUCUUUUGGAAGAUCGCCAGUAGACAGACACAUGUCUCUACAGGACAGAAAAGCGGCCUUGUAUGAGUAUGCACGAAAACGUUACAUAGAGAAACAUGGACUGGAUGAAGACUCAUGAGUUUGGACAAAACACUGUCCAAGGACAUGUUUACAGAGAGACGGCCGAUUUGACACACAAUGUUACCCAAACAAGGCGAAGAGAUUGUUGCAUUGACUACCUGAAAUAUUUGUGUUAACCAAACAUACAGAUUGGAAUAAGUUGGACUUUAGUGGAUUUUUUAAUCCUCUUGCAUGGCAAUCAUGCAUGCCUUUUUAAUUAUUUCUCUCUGCUACAGAAAAAAAAGAUUAUUUUUUGGUAAACAAUUUGUACUACACCCCAGUGAUAGUGGAACAUCUCAUAUUAUUUUUAUAAAGUUCAGAUUUCAGAUGCAGGGGCUGGCAUUGUGUGAUUCAAAAUAAAACACAGUUUGAGGUUCUGUUGUCAGGAUAUGUGUUGAUUCAGUAUCAGCUUUUAAAGACAUUAAAGAUCAUUUAUAAAUGCAGAAA